AUGGUGCCGUGCAUCUACAGCGAAAUUGGAAGGAAAAUCGAGAUCCCCCAGUGCGCCGGCUGCAACCAGCACAUCCUGGACAAGUUCAUCCUCAAGGUCCUGGACCGCCACUGGCACAGCUCCUGCCUCAAGUGCGCCGACUGCCACAUGCAGCUGGCCGAGCGCUGCUUCUCCCGGGCCGGCAGCGUCUACUGCAAGGAGGAUUUCUUCAAGCGUUUCGGGACCAAAUGCACGGCGUGCCAGCAGGGCAUCCCCCCGACCCAGGUGGUCCGCAAAGCCCAGGACUUCGUGUACCACCUGCACUGCUUCGCCUGCAUCAUCUGCAGCCGGCAGCUGGCCACGGGCGACGAGUUCUACCUGAUGGAGGACGGGCGGCUGGUCUGCAAGGAGGACUACGAGACGGCCAAGCAGAACGAUGACUCCGAGGCGGGCGCGAAGCGGCCCCGGACCACGAUCACGGCCAAGCAGCUGGAAACGCUGAAGAACGCCUACAAAAACUCCCCCAAGCCCGCCCGCCACGUGCGGGAGCAGCUCUCCUCCGAGACGGGGCUGGACAUGAGGGUCGUGCAGGUGUGGUUCCAGAACCGGCGGGCCAAGGAGAAGCGGCUGAAGAAGGACGCGGGGCGGCAUCGCUGGGGGCAGUUCUACAAGAGCGUGAAGCGGAGCCGCGGGGGAGGGAAGCUGGAGAAGGAGAGCUCGGCCGAGGACUGCGGCGUCAGCGACAGCGAGCUCAGCUUCCGCGACGACCAGAUCCUCUCCGAGCUCGGCCACAACAACAGGGUUUACGGCUCCGUGGGGGACGUGGCGGGCGGACAGCUGCUGAACGGCGGCUUCUCCAUGGAGGGCACGGGACAGACGUACCAGGACUUGCGGGACGGCAGCCCCUACGGCCUCCCGCAGUCGCCGUCCUCCAUCUCGUCGCUGCCGGCCCACCCGCCCUUGCUCAACGGGCUGGACUACGCCAUGGACGGCAGCCUGGGGCUGGUGGCCCACGGGGCGCAGGGGGUGAGUCAGACGCUGCGGGCCAUGGCCGGGGGAGGGCCCACCUCCGACAUCUCCACGGGGAGCAGCGUCGGGUACCCAGACUUUCCCACCAGCCCGGCCUCCUGGCUGGACGACAUGGAUCACCCCCCCUUCUAAGCGCUGCUCGCCCCCGCCCCGGCCCCCCGCGCUCCCCCCGGCCCGCAAGCGCAGCACUGAGGGCACCCGCCGGCGGCUGACCCUUCCAGGAGACCCCAUGGGAAUUGGCCCUGGAGGGCUGCAGGGAGGGGGGACAGCGCCGGCGAUGGCUGGGGUGGCUGUGCUCGGGCGGGGGGCACGGAUGCCUUUGGGUGUAAGCACAAGAGAGGCGGCGGCGCACGGCGGGGACCCGGCCGCGGCGGGGCCGGCGGGAGGGAAAGAAGAACAAUCGGGGGCGGCAGAGCCCAUCCCGGCACCCGCGCCAGCCCCGCACGCCCUGCCCAGCACCGCUGCUAUUCUCAAGAGUUAUUUUUCCAUAUGGUGUUGAAACGCAGCUCGGCGCUGCCCGGAGCCUCCGCAGAAAGAGAAGUCUAUAUUGUAGAAGGGUUUAUUUUGCCGGGGCCAUUGCCCCGCUGCCCAGGGACCAUCCUGCCUGCUC